CCUCAGCAGAGCCCAGGGCUGGCUGUGUGUUGCUGCCUUGGGUGCCCUUGGAGCAGCCCCGUUUGCAUGGACACACGUGAAGCAGGGAUUUGUCCGGGGCUCCGCUCCGGAGAGCACGGCCCUGUGUGUGUCCGUGUGCGUCCCUGAUCGGGAGGGAAUGUCCCGACCGUGGCAGGGCCAGCGAGCACUGCCCUGGCCCUGCCCAGCCCAGAGCAGCAGCUGCCCAGGCUCACAAGCAGCCCGAGUGCAGCUGGCUGGGGCCGGCAGCUGCCCGCUGCAGGUGUGCGCAGGGCGGAUCCGCUUCCCGCGCGGUGCCGCUGGUGUGUGCGAUGGGACACGGCUGUCUCUUGUCGCCGGCCGUGCCCAAGGUGCUCGUGUCGCUCGUAGUGCCGGUGCCGUGAGAGGCGGGGCUGAGCCCCGGGGCGGAGCUGGCGGCGGCCCAGAGGAGGCGGCACGGCCGCAGCAGAGCCGGGGCUCAGGGGCACAGCGAGGCUCGGCCGGCGGAGCGGCGCCAUGCGGCGGGCUCGGGCCGCGGGGCUGCCGGCGCUGGCCGCGCUGCUGCUCGUGACUUCAGGCAGAGCCCAGGUGCAGCAGGAGCCAUUCCUGGAGACCACCGAGGGCACCGGCAUCAACAUCAACUGCUCACACUCCAGCAAACGUAGCACUGAUUACAUCCAUUUCUACCGUCUGCUACCGGGCCGGGGACCCGAAUUCCUCGCAGCUGCCUAUACAGGCUCCAAGGAUGUGGCGGCGAUUGCAGGAACGCUGUCGGUGUCGGAGGACGGGCGCUCCAGCGCGCUGUGGCUGGCUGUGCCCCGGCGCGGGGACGCGGCCGUGUAUUACUGCGCGCUGGGGGCCACGGGCAGAGGAGCCGGGGCUGCGGCCGGGCACGAACCGCCGCGGGCGGGGCCGGGCGGGGCCAGCAGGGGCCGCUGCCGCUCCGCCCGCCGGGCUCCCGGGGCGCGGCUCCGCAGCUCCUUCCUCUGCCCCGAGCCCGCCCGCACCGGCCCCGCACGGCCCCGCACGGCCCCGGCGCGCCGCACAACCCGCCUGCGACCCGCGCUCGCACGCUCGCCACGCACCGCCCGGCCUCCCCUCGCUCCCGAGCCCGCCGCUGCCUCACGCCAAACUGCUGCGGGCUGCGCCUCUGCCGCCGCCUCUCGCCCUCCGGACACGGCUGCUGCUGCUCUCGGCCUGCUUUGCAAAGCCACGAGCUGCUCCUUGACAGCACCUGGGCUGGGAGCUGGCAAAGCAGCUGCACUGACGGGCACACGGGGGCUAAAUAAUGCAGUGCUGUGGCGUCAAGGGGUCAUGGAUUGAGAGAGGUUUUCAGUGAGGCUUUCUGAGGUGACCGAGGAAUGUCCACCUCUGUCUCUGCAGAAAUGUCUCUGUUCCAUACUGCAAGGAGAAUAAGAAGCAGCAUUCUCCCAGGGAUGGGUAGUGGACGUGUACUUUCAAUCCCACCCGAGUUUGGAAUUCACUUCUCUACCUUUUGUUCUCAUCCUCGGAUGUCCACACACGCCCUUGGAUGUGCAUU